GGCCGUGACUAGACAUUCGGUCAUAGGAGCGGUGGAGGGGGGCGCUCGAGCCACGUCGGUGAAACAAAUCAACGCUUGAAGGCGGAUUACAAAGAGGCUGAGGAGACUAAUUGCGACAACCGCAGCUUCUUCUUUUCUUUCCCACAAAUAUCAGGUCGGGAGCGCAGAGAUUCGGCCCAGCCUGCCUGUCCUGUUGAUGCCGGAGAUCCAGGGCGAUGUCAACACCUGAUCCUCCCAUGGGGGGUACCCCCCGUCCCGGUCCAUCGCCCGGUCCUGGCCCCUCCCCCAAUGCUAUGCUGGGCCCCAGCCCGGGUCCUUCCCCUGGCUCCUCUCACAGCAUGAUGGGGCCCAGCCCCGGUCCUCCUUCCUCUGGACACUCCCAGCCAGUACCCUCCGGAUAUGGCCCCGAAAAUAUGCACCCUUUGCACAAACCCAUGGAGGGCAUGCAUGAGAAGAGCUUGUGUGAUGACAGUCGCUUCAGUCAGAUGAAGGGGCUUUCGAUGAGACAGGGCGGGCACAGUGGCAUGGGCCCUCCACCCAGCCCUCUGGACCAACAUUCACAAGGCUACCACUCUCCACUUGGUGGCUCUGACCACUCCAGCCCUGUCGCUUCAAAUGGCCCCCCAUCUGGUCCUCUUAUGCCAUCGACCUCCUCCUCAUCGUCUUCUGCAGGUUCUGGUUCUGCUUCAGCCUCUCUUGAUGGCCCCAAUGUAGACCAACAUUCCUUGGGGCCUAAUAGCCGGUCCGGACCUCCGGGCAAUUCUGGACCUGGCCCUAGCCCUGGGCCUAGCCUUGGCUCCAGCGUUCCCAGCCUCGGUUCUGGCCUUGAUGGUAGUGGCCCUGGAGGUCCUGGUGGGCCGACUCCCUUUAACCAAAACCAGCUCCACCAACUCAGAGCCCAGAUCAUGGCGUAUAAGAUGCUUGCCCGCGGACAGCCCCUGCCGGAUCAUCUCCAAAUGGCUGUUCAAGGAAAGAGGCCGAUGCCAGGGAUGCAGCAGCAGCAGCAGCAGCCCAUGUCCAGUCUGGUUUCUGGAGCGAGUGCAGGACCAGGAGGUGGUCCAACAGGACCAGGAUCAGGGCCUGGACCUAUGGGCUCAAGCUACAGCCGGCCUCAUGGCAUGAUGGGUCCCAACAUGCCUCCCCCUGGUCCUUCAGGGACCCCAGUUGGCAUGCAAGGACCGAAUCCCAACGGACCCUCCAAGUCAUGGCCUGAAGGCCCCAUGGUGAACGCAGCGGCCCCCUCCAACACACCCCAAAAACUGAUCCCCCCUCAGCCCACAGGCAGGCCUUCUCCUGCUCCUCCAUCGGUUCCCCCGGCUGCUUCCCCUGUGAUGCCCCCACAGACCCAGUCCCCUGGUCAGCCUGCUCAGCCUCCUCCCAUGAUGCCUUACCACGCCAAGCAGAACCGCAUUACCCCCAUCCAGAAACCCUGCGGUCUCGACCCCGUGGAGAUUCUGCAAGAGAGGGAGUAUAGGUUACAGGCUCGUAUUGCUCAUCGCAUUGCUGAAUUGGAGAACCUGCCUGGUUCUUUGGCUGGUGAUUUACGUACCAAAGCUACAAUAGAGCUCAAAGCUCUUCGUUUGCUGAACUUCCAGAGACAGCUGCGUCAAGAAGUAGUGGUGUGCAUGCGACGCGACACGGCUCUCGAGACGGCCCUGGACGCCAAAGCCUACAAGCGGAGCAAGCGCCAGUCUCUGCGGGAGGCUCGCAUCACGGAGAAACUGGAGAAACAGCAAAAGAUUGAGCAAGAGCGCAAACGCAGACAAAAACAUCAGGAGUACCUCAACAGCAUUCUCCAGCAUGCCAAAGACUUCAAGGAGUAUCACCGCUCGGUCACGGGAAAGAUUCAGAAGCUGACCAAAGCCGUGUCCACCUACCACGCCAACACUGAGCGUGAGCAGAAGAAGGAGAAUGAGCGCAUUGAGAAAGAACGGAUGAGGAGGCUUAUGGCUGAAGAUGAAGAGGGCUACCGUAAACUGAUUGACCAGAAGAAGGAUAAGCGCCUGGCCUACUUGCUGCAGCAAACAGACGAGUAUGUCGCCAACCUCACUGAGCUGGUACGAGCCCACAAAGCUGCGCAGGCCCUCAAGGAGAAGAAAAAGAAGAAAAAGAAAAAGAAGAAGUUAGAGAACGCAGAGGGUCAGACUCCUGCUCUUGGGCCGGAUGGAGAGCCCCUGGACGAAACGAGCCAGAUGAGUGACCUGCCUGUAAAGGUCAUCCAUGUGGACAGCGGCAAUAUCUUGACGGGUGUGGAUGCUCCGAAGGCUGGACAGUUGGAAACAUGGCUGGAGAUGAACCCUGGUUACGAGGUCGCUCCUCGCUCAGACAGUGAAGACAGUGAGGAAGAGGAAGAAGAAGAGGAAGAAGAAGAGGAGCCUCAACCUUCAGCAGCUCCAGUGGAAGAAAAGAAGAAGAUUACAGAUCCGGACAGCGAAGACGUGUCAGAAGUGGAUGUCCGACAUAUCAUUGAAAAUGCUAAGCAGGAUGUGGAUGACGAGUACAGCGGUGCAGCGUUCGCUCGAGGACUCCAGUCGUAUUAUUCUGUGGCCCAUGCCGUCACAGAGAAGGUGGACAAACAGUCUACUUUACUGAUAAAUGGACAGCUUAAACAAUAUCAGAUUAAAGGUCUGGAAUGGUUAGUUUCUCUUUACAAUAAUAAUCUGAAUGGGAUCCUGGCUGAUGAGAUGGGUUUGGGAAAAACCAUCCAGACGAUUGCUCUUAUCACCUACCUCAUGGAGCACAAGCGGCUCAACGGACCCUACCUCAUCAUUGUACCCCUCUCAACUUUGUCCAACUGGGUGUACGAGUUUGACAAGUGGGCCCCAUCGGUCGUUAAAGUGUCCUACAAAGGGUCUCCUGCUGCUAGAAGAGCCUUUGUGCCCCAGCUGCGAAGCGGCAAGUUUAAUGUUUUACUCACCACUUACGAGUACAUCAUCAAGGACAAACAAGUGCUGGCCAAGAUCCGAUGGAAGUACAUGAUUGUGGACGAAGGCCACCGCAUGAAGAACCACCACUGCAAGCUGACCCAGGUCCUGAACACCCACUAUCUGGCUCCAAGGCGAGUGCUGCUGACCGGGACACCGCUGCAGAACAAACUACCUGAACUGUGGGCGCUCCUCAACUUCCUGUUGCCCACCAUUUUCAAGAGCUGCAGCACAUUCGAGCAGUGGUUCAACGCCCCGUUUGCAAUGACUGGAGAGAAGGUGGAUCUUAAUGAAGAGGAGACAAUCUUGAUUAUUCGUCGCCUGCACAAAGUGCUGCGCCCCUUCCUGUUGCGAAGGUUAAAGAAAGAAGUGGAGGCUCAACUUCCAGAAAAGGUGGAAUAUGUCAUCAAGUGCGACAUGUCGGCUCUUCAGAGGGUCCUGUACCGGCACAUGCAGGCCAAAGGGGUCCUGCUCACUGAUGGAUCCGAGAAAGACAAGAAGGGUAAAGGAGGCACAAAAACUCUGAUGAACACCAUCAUGCAGCUGAGGAAGAUCUGCAAUCAUCCAUAUAUGUUCCAGCAAAUUGAGGAAUCUUUCUCUGAGCAUUUAGGAUUCUCUGGUGGAAUAGUCCAGGGUCCUGACCUUUAUCGAGCUUCAGGGAAGUUUGAGGUGCUGGAUCGGAUCCUGCCAAAGCUGAGGGCCACAAACCACAAAGUGCUGCUCUUCUGCCAGAUGACCUCACUCAUGACCAUCAUGGAGGAUUACUUCGCCUACCGCAACUUCAAGUAUCUGCGUCUGGACGGCACAACAAAGGCUGAAGACCGAGGAAUGCUGCUGAAGACAUUUAAUGACCCGGAGUCAGAGUACUUUAUCUUUCUGCUGAGCACCAGAGCCGGAGGUCUCGGCCUCAACCUGCAGUCUGCAGACACUGUGAUUAUUUUUGACUCUGAUUGGAACCCACAUCAGGACUUGCAGGCUCAAGACAGAGCCCAUCGCAUUGGCCAGCAGAACGAGGUGCGAGUGCUGCGCCUCUGCACCGUCAACAGCGUGGAAGAGAAAAUUCUGGCAGCCGCCAAGUAUAAAUUGAAUGUCGACCAGAAAGUCAUCCAGGCUGGCAUGUUCGAUCAGAAAUCCUCCAGCCACGAGCGCCGGGCCUUCCUGCAGGCCAUCCUGGAGCACGAGGAGCAAGACGAGGUCUGGGGUCAAGAGCUCGUGAAUGAGGAGGACGAGGUGCCGGACGAUGAGACCGUCAACCAAAUGAUCGCCAGGAGCGAGGAGGAGUUUGAGCAGUUCAUGCGCAUGGACCUGGACAGGCGCCGCGAGGAUGCUCGUAAUCCUCGGCGAAAACCUCGUCUGAUGGAAGAGGACGAGCUUCCCACCUGGAUCAUGAAGGACGAUGCUGAAGUGGAGCGUCUGACCUGCGAGGAGGAGGAGGAAAAAAUGUUUGGGCGAGGUUCCCGACAGCGCAAGGAGGUGGACUACAGCGACUCACUGACAGAGAAACAGUGGCUCAAGGCAAUUGAGGAAGGCACACUUGAAGAGAUGGAGGAAGAAGUGCGACACAAAAAGACAACCCGAAAGAGGAAGAGGGACCGUGACCUGGAUCUCCCAGGACCUUCGUCUUCCUCUGGGAGCCGGGGACGCGGCGACAGGGAUGAUGAUGGGAAGAGGCAAAGGAAGAGGGGAAGACCGCCGGCUGAGAAACUCUCCCCGAAUCCUCCGGGCCUCACAAAGAAAAUGAGGAAAAUAGUGGAUGCCGUCAUCAAAUAUAAAGACAGCACCAGCGGGCGUCAGCUCAGCGAGGUUUUCAUCCAGCUGCCGUCUCGAAAGGAGCUGCCCGAGUACUACGAGCUGAUCCGCAAGCCCGUGGACUUCAGGAAGAUCAAGGAGAGGAUUCGAAGCCACCGCUACCGCAGUCUGGGUGACCUGGAGAGAGACGUCAUGCUGCUCUUCCAAAACGCUCAGACCUUCAACCUGGAGGGUUCCCUGAUAUACGAAGACUCCAUCGUGCUGCAGUCGGUGUUCACCAGCUUGAGGCAGAAGAUCGAGAAGGAAGAGGAAAGCGAGGGAGAGGAGAGCGAUGAGGAGGAGGAGGAGCAGGAGGACGGAUCGGAGUCAGAAUCUCGCUCAGUCAAAGUGAAAAUCCGCCUGAGUCGGAAGGACAAAGGUGGAGAACGAGGAAAGGGCCGCAGCAGGCGAACAGGACGCACCCGGGCAAAACCGGUCGUCAGUGACGACGACUCCGAGGAUGAACAGGAGGAGGAGCGCUCAGCCAGCGGCACUGAUGAAGAGGCUUGAACUAUACCAGGAGCUUAAAGAGAGAGAGGCACCAAUGGAUUUUCCAACAAGUCAAAAAAACACAUAACCAUAUAAAGAAGCCACAGUCAGCUCCAUCCACCCUCAGUCAAACGACACCUGAAAGAAAGGGCAAUAGACGAGGUUCGAGAUAAGAACAGUUUCUGAGCUGAAAACGCCCGAAAAUAAAUGAAUCUGUUAUCGCAGUUGCAGAAUAUGACUAAGAAAUUAGGGAAAAUGCACUCAGCUCAAAUCUUCCCAUAUCUGCAAUCAGGGUCGUAGUGAAAAAGUUUAAAACAGCAGUGACCAAGAAGGCUGGAUGAGGACCGGUGUUUAUGUUGCCAAGAGACGGACGUUAGAGGAGGGAGUGAAAAAUGGUCCCAACUCAGAGGUAGAAAACUGCAGGUUGGAAAAUUGCAACUGCAAUAAGAGAUAUUAUAUAUUAGAUUACAUUUCUUUAAAUCAGUCACUGUCUGCGUGGCUGAGGCUAAACACAGUUUGCAGGGGGGCUUAAUGUAAUGCUGAUAUUUUAGACAGAUUCUAUAAAGUUCCUCACAAUCAUCAAGCAGGAUAACCAUGUCCAACCGGUGGAUUUUUGGCAAAAAGUUUGAAGUUUAGAAGCUGCAGAAGGAUGCAGCCGCCAGCCCGGUUCAUCAUGUGACGCCCAGUGAGUUGAGUUAAACAUGAUUGAGAAAGCAAACAUGGUGCCAACUGCACAAAGCAGAGCUGUGGUAGAGGAAGUGAUGUGCAACUGCUAAAAUUUAUUAUAAGCUAUAAAAAAAUACUGACAUCAUUUUUUUGUUUUUUUAUCCUAAGGAUAUUGUGGUCUGGUAUUAUCUUUAUCAUGUUAGCAGGAUGUGGUCUUAAUUGUUUUGAUGUUUUUUGUUUGUUUGUUUUAUGGUUGUCAUCCUUUACCUGUAGGUAUUUCUGACCUUAAUUAUAGGAAUAUUUAAAUAUGGAGCAUAUUUAAGACACAUUUUUUAAAAAAACUGAAACACUAAUUUAUUUUACUUCUAAUCUUUGUAAUUGAUAUCAUGUGAUUGUGCACACUUCUAAUGUUAAUUCAACAAUAGUUAUUGAGUUUUUGCUGCUCUUCCACAAACACAGUUCUUUUUCUUUAUUGCUCACUGCAGACUGAGAUUCUUGCUGUUCAUCUUUUAUUUAUUGGGGUAAAUACAGCAUCGUCAUUCUGUGAUAUGGAGAAUGUUCAUAAUUGAUUUGUUAAGCUUUUAAAGCAGAAUUGAAAAGUCUAGUUAAAAUUAUGUUUACCCAGAUCAUAAAAGAUUGUUGAAGUGUUAGAUUUUUCUUUUUCCUCAAACCAAUAUUUAAGGUUUUCCGAUUGUGCUUUUUUUUUUUUUGAAGAAUUUCUAAAAAAGAAAAAAGAAAAAAAAAAACGACUUCCACACUUCCAUGAGGAAUUAAACCUGUUGAGGAUUGGAGUAAAAUCAAAUCAACAACAAUGAAUGUAAACAGAAAAUGAGUGCAGAUAAAACGCACAUCUUAACAACCCAGCCUGGAGAACAUAAGCAAGCCUGUCCCUUGAAUCAGUCUUCAGCCGUGUGUUUGGCCCCUGUGUUUGGCCCCUCCGGAGACACCGGGAUCAGCAGAUCGUGUGUAAAUCAGGUGUUUGUCGCCGUCGGAUCUGGAGAGCGAAGCUGCCGUGGGCGCGAUGUGUUCGACAAACCCACCAGGGUUAUUAGACUGAGGCUUAAUGGAGCUGAGGUUACAGCAUAAAAAACAACCCAGCUGCUGCUUCACUGAUACCUAUUAAAGGUAGACUUGAAUAAUUUUUAGUUUGUAUGAGUACUGUAGCUUUAAUUGUUUCUUCUUCUUCAGUUGUUGCGUAGUGAUUUUAGGAUUUCAGAGCUGUUUGGGGGGAGGGUUUGCACUUUUUUUUUUUCCUCUCUUUUCAAGACAAAGGACCAGGGGGACAGUGGCUCCUCUCUGCUUGUGACUGCCUCAUUCGAGGCUGUAUGGUGUUGGAUAUACUGUGAAAACUAUUUAUAGAGUAUAAUGUCAGUGCACGUAUGUACAGCUUGCAACUCAUGUACUGUAACUUUUUCCUCAUCCUCGUAGGUAACCAGAGUGAACCAAAGCAUCACUGUUUCCUCCACUGAGUUAACAUGUGUCUGUGCUGUGCUGUAUCGCUGUUGCUCAUACUUAUAUAAAACAAUAAACUGUUGACAUUG